CUUCCAUGUCUGCCUACUGUUCCUUGUUCACCUGGCAAUCUGCCAUUUGCACAUUGCUUCCCGCAUCGCCAACGUGAAGCUUUCGCGCUUCGUGUACGCACCUCGACAUUUCCUCACGGUCACUUUUUCCUCGUCCGGCAGUCUUCACUAUUUCAAUACCUCUAGCAAGAACAUUUUGCAAGCCACUUUACUUGUUGUUGGCAGCAGAAGCACAAAAAUGGCGGCAGUAUCAGGAGAUGCCCCGUCGUUGGCAACUGCUAUCGGAAAUACUCAUCAAAUGGAGAUUGACGACGAAGCGACUAGUAAGUGGCCAAGUCUCAGUGACAGUGCAGGAAGUGCUAUGUGCACCCCGUCCCAUGUUCCACUUUUGGAAUCCCCCCGCCGCUCCUCUGAAGUACGCGGAACCGCGCUUUCGCGCCCCCAGCCUCUGUACCAGCCGACAACUCCAACUAAAGCGUCACUCGGCUCUCUCCAACGUUGUUCCGUCACAACCCAACAAUCGCCCACUGCGAAGACGCGACUUUGCGGUCUCGUCGCGUCGAUUGAUAGGGAUCAAAGACGGAAGCUGCAGUCGACCAUGGCUGAGGCCCUGCUGGGCCUCACGCCCUCAUACGGAAGCUCGUCGAGGAAUAAGCCGUCAAUUGCGCACCCCGAUGACAUCCCCGCCCAACUCCGUCGCGAACUCGAUCGAAAGAAGGCGCCUACACGUUGCGAACAUCUUUCCGUCACACUCGAAGUGCCCUCUACCCUCGAAUUCGCUAUUCGUGAUGGCGACGAUGCGCAGGAGAGCAUCGAUCCAGCGCUGAGCGGCCUCCGAACACAGGUUGUCGGAGGUCAAACCGUCAAGAUCGUACGUGCCUAUGACACCAUCAUCAGCCAGCCCCAUGACAACCCUGUGACGCAGAGAGCCGUAGCGAAACAUAUUGUUGGGCUGCUUUCUGUGGUGGAUGAGAGCACAUGGGUAGUCAGAGAGGUUUCGCGCGGCCAGUACGGGUGGUCUUUCACCUACAACUGCAAGGACUCUUUCGUGACUUGGAACCGGCAACAUCAGAAGACGCCAAAUAAGACUAUCAUAGGGGAGUAUAGUCAGAAGGAACUUGAGCCGGAAAUGCAGGCCCGACCAGCUUUCGACUGUCGCGGGACGCUUAUCGUUGCAUUUUCGAAGAAUACUCGAACCAUUAACGUCAAGUACGAACACACGCCUCUGCACAAGACUUUGGGCAAGAUGAUCGAGCACUUCAAACCCCUUCCUCCGGCAGCACCUCCAACACCUCUCAUUCCUGCGGGAGAAAAGUCUAAGAAGAUGAAAACGCCGCGAAAGCGAAAGAGCGAGGCCCUGAAUGCGGACGGGACGCCUGUCGAGCCAAAGCCAAAGAGAAAGAGGAAGAGCGAGGCCUUGAAUCCAGAUGGGACACCUGUUCAACCGAAGAAGAGGAAGAGGAAAUCGGAAGCCGCAAAGGACGCACAAGCAGCUGGCGAUGCUGCCGAAGGCGAGGCAACAACCACUGUUCCGACCAAGGCGGAUGCCGCUGUUCAAAGUGGAGUGCAUUCACAUGCGGUGCUGAAUGUGCCCCCCGGCGAAGCGGCUAGGCGCCGCGAGGUCGCCAUCAGACUCCUCAGCGAUAGCGGCUUGGAUCCCGAGAGUCUUUCUACGGAACAAUUCAGUAUCUUUGCCAAUCAAUCUCCGGAUCUUCAGAAAGAGUCUCUUGCCAUGCUGGUCAAGUAUGGUGCUGAGCGACUCCGCAUCGUUCAUCCCAACGAUGCCGCUGCGUCCUCAACCAGCGCGCCACCCACGCCUCAGCAGGCAACGGCGCAGGCUGCUGUCACGACGGCCACGUUGGAAUCUCCGGCCUCAGGCAAGAAGAAGAAGCGGUCUCGAACGUCGAAGGCGGUUGGAGAUGCGGAAGAAGUGGAGUUGAUUCCGGCACCCCCAGGCACGCCGAUGAAGCUGAUGUCGAGGGGUGGAUGCAUCGCUUGCAGAAGAGCAAAGACAAAGUGCAAUCGCGCCAAACCCGAGUGCGCUUCUUGUGAAGAGCUGGGUGUGGAAUGCCAAUAUCCCCUGAUUAAUAAAAUGCCGGCAAAGAAGAAGGAAGAAAAGUCUGCAGCUGCAGUCGAGGACGAUGACGACGAUGACGAUGCUGAGGCUGAGGUUGAAGCCGAGGCCGAGCUGGUGGAACCUGAGAUGGAAGUUGAAGAACAAGAAUCGGACGACAUUGAGACAAUCGACUACACUUCAACCAUGCCGGUUGCCAACAUGCUCACUCCUGCUGCGCAAGCUCCCAGUCAGGACUAUUUCAAUGAUGCACCAAACGAAAUGACUUAUACUCAUUCCGCCUCCAACGCUAUGAACAUGCCACACGGCGUUCUAUCAUACCCCGAGCCUUCUGCCACAAAUUACGCAGAGCAACAGGCAGUCUCCACGAGCUUCUCACAACCGUCUCUUACCGGCACGGCAACAUACACUCAACCGAGCACAGACGUGAACAGCUAUACAACCGCCAGCAAUGACAACUUGUCGGGUCUCAAUUACUCUCAACCAGCGGCUAAGAGCCCGGGAGCAGCGAGGACUUCUUCACGGCGCAGCUUGCCAUCCGGACCAGGACAGCCGCAUCAGCCCACGGCCGAAAGCCCUGUUCCGCUUCCCAGUUACGCUCAAAACUGGCAGAGCAUUUCUCCUCCCAGGACAUCGAACACAGUAUCGCCUACCAUGACGACCAAGCAACACAGGCCGCGAAGGUCGAUCCAGGUGCCGGCUGCGACCACUGUCGCUCCCCAGGAGACAUCCUGUCGCAACACGCAGCAACAAGCUGUGGCUCAUGUCGCUGCACAGCAACAACGGCAUCAUCGCCCUUCCCCGACACAGCAAGCAGUUCAAGUAGCGCAAACAGUCACCCCGGCCCAAGUCUCGCCAUUCCAGGCCCCUGUGCAGGCAGCCCGAACUAAGAGUCGAGCCGGACAGAGAGCCUCCACUCGUACUCCUGUCAAUGAACCCCGUGCAACACCUUCCCAUCAUACCGUUCAAUCAUCGACUUCACAACUACAACAACUACAACACGAAGUACUCCAGCCAGGGCGAUAACUCGACAGAGUUGGACACCACAAGACUCGCCUACCA